GUUUGGCAGUUACUAAAAAUAGACAUUUGGCCAUAUCUGUCGUGGUUAGAAAUGUGUAGAUUUUUUUAUAAGAACAAACUUGUAGUUUAUUUCUUUUUUAGGCUCAAAAUAAGCUGAUAAUAUUCUUUUUGGGUCGAUGAAAAUAAAAACUUUUUUGUAGCACUAAAAUCGAUGACGAACUCAACAAGGAAGUGCCGGGAAUUUCAAUUACAGAGGUGUUGGAAAACGAGAAUGUAACGCUGUCAAGUAUCUAUGAAUAUAGGAUGUAUGAAGAAACAUGUGUUGUGAUUGCAAGGAAAACUGGCAAACGGGAGAAGCUGGAAGAAGCAAGCUGUAGUGGUGUGGUUUUGGAUCAAAAGAAGGGGAUCGUCCUGACACAUGCAUCAAUCUUAACAUCCUUUAUGUCAAGAGGAACAUCAGUUAAAUUACACCGCAGUGGUUGCUUGUACCAGAAAGAUGUACCAGGAGUUUGUAACAUUUCUAUAUUGCUAAAAUCUAAAACAAAAGUCAGAAAAUCUGACAUUCAACAUCGACGUCAUGGUGCCCACCCAAACUUCUACACUUCAGUUGUGAACUGUUCUCAACAGGAUAAUUAUGAGACAAACAUCAACUCAUAUCCUGCUGACAUUAUUAGUAUUUUUAAGUGUAAAUGCUUUGCCAACACGGUACUUGCACUUUUGCCAGAAUCGGAUGGCUGGAAGCUAUCUGAAGAGACAUCUGACAAAGCAGUAGAGCUUAUAUCAAAGAUCCUUUUGUCCUGCUUUGUGGUGCUGAAACUUAGACAUGAUUUGUCAAAACUGGGUGACCUUGAAGUGGACAUGUUCCCAGAUCAGCCUCAGAUUACUAUUGGUGAAACAUCUUAUAUAUGUGGCACUCCAUUUGGUAGUCUUAGUCCAGAAGUUUUUAUGAACUCGCUCAGCAAAGGAAUUGUGUCAAAUGUCAGUAGAGAUGGUAGCCUGGUUCUGACUGAUGCUAGAUGUAUACCUGGAUCAGAGGGAGGGGCAUUUUAUGUUGAGACUUGCAAUGAUUUGCAGAGAAGGCUUUGUGGUAUUGUUGUUUCUCCCCUGUGUUGGAAGAACAAUGAAUGGAUUGGUAUGGCUAUAAUUUGUAGUUUGUCUGCAGUGUUUCACUCUCUUCAGGAGUUUGUUCUUGGGAAUCCACAAGAAGUUUAUCUCAGCCUUACAGCAUCCAACAAAGAUAAGAUGGAAAACAUUAAAGCUAUGUCCAGGAGAGUGGUCCUUGUGACAUGUGGCAGUAGCUGGGGCUCAGGAAUUAUUGUAGAUGCUACAAAUGGUAUUGUCCUUACAUGCAGUCAUGUUUUAAAAGGGAACCAUGCUAGAAAAGUGAUGGUGAGACAAGAUUUGGACCACUCACAGUUGUGGCAUAAUGCCGAGGUGUUAUACAAGAAUGUAUUGGGUGCUGUAUAUGAUGUAGCUGUGUUGAAACUGAUUCCUAAUAGAAAGGUCAAUAAUAAUGAAAGGACUCAAAGACUGAACUUAGACUUUGGAAUGGAGAACCAUGCAGAAACAGGAGCUGAGGUUUUUGUAAUUGGCCAUGGUCUGAUUGCAGUGGAUAAAGAGCUAACACCUUCUUUAUCUAAGGGAAUGGUGUCCAAAGUGAUCUUUUCCCCUUCCAAUGAUCAACAAUGUGUGAUGAUCCAGACAACAUGUGCAGUGCAUGGCGGGGCAAGUGGGGGAGCAGUUGUAUCUUCAUCUGGGAGGCUGCUUGGCAUGGUUACUUGCAAUGCAAAAGAUGUAGAAUCUGGAGCCAGCUAUCCUCAUGUCAACAUGAGUGUUCCUUUUACAGAGCUGUGGCCAGUGAUAUCAGAGUACAGCAGUUCUAAAGAUCCUUCUUGCUUUGAAAAGUUACAUGUGAAAGACAAAUUAGUUGAAAACCUUUGGCUGUUGAGAAAAACAGAUGAAGACUCUGAUGAGGUGAAGAGUAAACUCUGAUGUGCAAAUGGGGAAAACUGUAACCAGAUAAUUUGUGAUAAUUUAUAGGACUGAUUAGUGCCAAUUAUCAAAGCUGUAUUAUAAUAGAAUAAAAAAAAUAUAAUUUCAAGAUUGUUUUUUGUUA